AUGCGCGGGGCUGCCGCGACCCUCCGCGGCAGGGCCAGGCCCCGGAGGCGGGCCUGGGUCGUCAGCACCGCCGCUCCGGGGAACCGCACAGCCAUGCCGCUGCAGGAGACCCUAGGCUUCAAGGUGGCGGUGAUCGCCUCCAUCGUGAGCUGCGCCAUCAUCCUGCUCAUGUCCGUGGCCUUCCUCACCUGCUGCCUCCUGAAGUGCAUGAAGAGGAGCGAGCAGCGGCGCUCGGACAGGACGGCCCAGCUGUGGCACCAGCUGAGAGGCGAGGACCUGGAGACGGUGCAGGCCGCCUAUCUCGGCCUCAAGGGCCUCAACUUCAACAACAGCAGCAGCGGCCCCGGGAGCCGGCGCGCUCAGGCGCACGACAACCACAGCUUCACCACAGAGCUCGAGGGCAUCAGAGACCUGGACGGAGUGACCUGCAGCAUGGAUAAGGGCCCCUGGAGCCCCUCCAGCAGCCCCCACACCUGCGUGAUGGUGCACACAGAAAACCCGGGGCAGACCCUCCCCGCGCCUGGGCCAACCACAGCGCACUUCCCGGGAUGACCACAGUGCCAAGGCCAGCGUCACCAUCCACGCCGGGAGAGCCAGGCCACCCAGCUGAUCACCUGCAGCUCAACACGUGUCCGGAAAUCAGCCUUGGGUUGCCCAGAUGCUGAGGGCGGGGGACCCAGUGGGGCGGGCUCUGUCCUGAGGCUGCCCGGCUACGGCGAUUUUACAGUGACUCGUUUUCAAAGCACGUUGGGGUUAGCACAGAGGCGCCAUCUCCCUCCAACCAGGGUUCCUUUAAAGAGGCUGGGAGACGUCUUGAGCAGAUCUAGUUUUACACAGUAGACUAAGAAAAGAGCAAUAAACUUCCUUUC